AUGGUCGCCGAGCUCCAGCCGUUCGUCGGCGGUGACAAGGCCAUCCUCCUGCGCUUCUCGUCGGAAGUCGGAGAGUGGGUCAGCAAGUACGUCGGCUACCCGCUUCCUGCCAGGAUUCUGUGCCCCAACCGCGUGGUCUCGCACGCCGGGAGGCUCUGGUGGGUCGACCUCUCCUGGUGCCUCCUCACCUGCCACCCCUUCGAGGACGCGCCGGUGCUGAGAGUCGUCCCGCUGCCGGAGGGCAAGGCGCUCAAGCCCAGGGAAGCUUGGGGAUUGCUUGACAAGUACCGAUGCGUACGUGUCAGCGCCGGCAAGCUGCGGUUCGUGGACAUGUACUCCAGGAACCGUGACAGCCGCGGCGCUACACAGAUCAGCGUCUGGACGCUCGCCGAUCCUGACACCACGGAGUGGACGCUGGAGUAUGAGGCCACCUUUAAGGAGAUCUGGGACGACGCGAGCUACAAGGCGACUGGUCUGCCCAGGAAGAUCCCCGUGCUUGCGCUCAUCCACCCCACCAACCCGGACGUGGUCUACUUCUUCCUCGACGAGCAUCUGCUCGGUGUCAACGUGCGUGCUCGCAAGGUUGUGGAGUGUGAGGUCUACGAGCUGGUUGCACCGCCUAGCGAGCACGUCGUCACCCGUUUCAUUCACGCUUGGCAGCUGCCACCGGCUCUCUGCUCAGGUAACCGUAAUUCUACUGUCUUUUUUCGUUGA